AUGUUCUUACAUCCUGAAGCACCACUGGAUCCAACAUUUUCACCAGCAGAGACCGAGCUAAGAAUAAAGGGAAUCAUAGAGAAACUAAACCAGCUGAUCCCACCCAGACCCUUCACCGACAUGAACACCACCACCAAUGCCGCACACAGCACAGUCACCAUCCUCACCCCUCAAGACACAUACUGCAAAGGGGAUCAGCUAGAAAUCCCAGUGGAGAUGAGGGACCACUUGGGACACAGGAAGGAAUAUGGCGGGGAUUUCCUGAAGGCCAGGAUGUCCUCCGCAGCCCUGAAGGCAGGCGCUUCAGGAAAGGUGACAGACUUCAACAAUGGCACCUACCUUGUCAGCUUCACUCUGUUCUGGGAGAGCCAGGUCUCUCUGUCUCUCCUGCUCAUCCACCCCAGUGAUGGGGUGUCAGCUCUCUAGAGGGCAAGGAACCAAGGUUAUGACAGGGUGAUAUUCAGGGGCCACUUUGCCAGUGGCACCUGCAGCGUUUUCUCUGAAUGUGGCCUGACCCUAAACUCAAGCACUGAAUUGUGCAAGUACCUGGAUGAUCGAGACCAAGGGGCCUUCUACUGCUUGAGGCCUCCACACGGUCCUUGUGAGACCCUGACCUGUGUCACCACCGGGAAGAAUAACAUUUCCAAGGAGGAAAGUGAUGAAAGACAGGAAGGUGGCCAGAGCCAGACAUAUCAUGAAGAAUCUGUUACAGGAGUUUAG